AUGGUACUGAACCCCGUGAAUCCAUAUGACUGCUUUCAUAUUCUGCUUAACAGCAUCACUAAUGACAUCAUCACUAAUGACAUCAUCACUAAUGACAGCAUCACUAAUGACAUCAUCACUAAUGACAGCAUCGCCAAUGACAGCAUCAGCAAUGACAGCAUCACCAAUGACAGCAUCAGCAAUGACAGAAUCAACAAUGACAGCAUCACCAAUGACAGCAUCACUAAUGACAGAAUCAGCAAUGACAGCAUCACCAAUGACAGCAUCACUUAUGACAGUAUCACUAAUGACAGAAUCAACAAUGACAGCAAUGCCAAUGACAGUAUCACCAAUGACAGCAUCGCCAAUGACAGCAUCAGCAAUGACAGCAUCAGCAAUGACAGCAUCACCAAUGACAGUAUCACCAAUGACAGCAUCACCAAUGACAGCAUCACUAAUGACAGAAUCAACAAUGACAGCAUCAAUGACAGCAUCAACAAUGACAGUAUCACUAAUGACAGCAUCAACAAUGACAGCAUCGCCAAUGACAGCAUCACCAAUGACAGCAUCAGUAAUGACAGAAUCACCACUGACAGCAUUUCCCAGGACAGCAUCAGCAAUGACAGCAUCACCAAUGACAGCAUCAGCAAUGACAGCAUCACCAAUGGCAGUAUCACCAAUGACAGUAUCACCAAUGCUAGCAUCACCAAUGGCAGCAUCAGCAAUGACAGCAUCACCAAUGGCAGCAUCACCAAUGACAGCAUCAACAAUGGCAGCAUCACCAAUGACAGCAUCAGCAAUGACAGCAUCACCAAUGACAGCAUUUCCCAGGACAGCAUCAGCAAUGGCAGCAUCACCAAUGACAAUUUCACCAAUGACAGCAUUACCCAGGACAGCAUCAGCAAUGCUCGUAUCACCAAUGACAGCAUCACCAAUGACAGAAUCAGCAAUGACAGCAUCACAAAUGACAGCAUCAGCAAUGACAGCAUCACCAAUGACAGCAUUACCCAGGACAGCAUCACCAAUGACAGCAUCACUAAUGACAGAAUCAACAAUGACAGCAUCGCCAAUGACAGCAUCAACAAUGACAGUAUCAACAAUGAUAGCAUCGCCAAUGACAGCAUCACCAAUGACAGCAUCAGUAAUGACAGAAUCACCACUGACAGCAUUUCCCAGGACAGCAUCAGCAAUGACAGCAUCACCAAUGACAGCAUCAGCAAUGACAGCAUCACCAAUGGCAGUAUCACCAAUGACAGUAUCACCAAUGCUAGCAUCACCAAUGGCAGCAUCAGCAAUGACAGCAUCACCAAUGGCAGCAUCACCAAUGACAGCAUCAACAAUGGCAGCAUCACCAAUGACAGCAUCAGCAAUGACAGCAUCACCAAUGACAGCAUUUCCCAGGACAGCAUCAGCAAUGGCAGCAUCACCAAUGACAAUUUCACCAAUGACAGCAUUACCCAGGACAGCAUCAGCAAUGCUCGUAUCACCAAUGACAGCAUCACCAAUGACAGAAUCAGCAAUGACAGCAUCACAAAUGACAGCAUCAGCAAUGACAGCAUCACCAAUGACAGCAUUACCCAGGACAGCAUCACCAAUGCUAGUGUCACCAAUGACAGCAUCAGCAAUUACAGUAUCAACAAUGAGACUAUCACCAAUGACAGCAUUACCCAUGACAGCAUCACUAAUGACAGAAUCACUAAUGACAGCAUUACCAAUGGCAAUAGCAUCCAAUUAACAGCAUCACCAAUGACACAAAAACUCAAACAGGAAGUACCCGUAACACGCUUAAUACAGAAGUGGCCCAUUGAAGCGGAUGCUAAGCUACAGGACUGUUUCGCUAGCAGAGACUGGAACAUGUUCAGGGAUUCAUCCGAUGGCUUUGAAGAGUUUAACACAUCAGUCACUGGCGUCAUGAAUACAGUGACAGUGCGUACAUAUCCCAACCAGAAGUCAUGGAUUACAGGCAACAUCCGCACUGAGCUAAAGGCUAGAGCUGCUGCUUUCAAGGAGCGGGGACACUAUCUGGACUCUUAUCAGAAAUCCCGCUACGCCAUCCGACGAACCAUCAAUCAAGUGUCAAUGCAGUGCUAA